CAGCAACCAGCACAACAGUGAACACCGCCGUCACGGCAUGUAUACGAGCCGUUGUUUGCUACCGCAUACGGACAGGACAAUCCGUCCGAAUAGUUCUUGAGCACGGAUUUUGUCCUUUGUCAGCCUGCCGUCGUCUCUGCGGGCGCUACGUGCCGCUUCAGGGGCACCGAAGAGCCCUCCGACACGCCCUGAGCGAGUGAGUUUGGGUUCGGGCUUGAUCCCGGGACUUUCAUACAAGGAGAGGGCGGUGCAUCCGGAUGCACUGACCUGCUUUGAAGCACUCUACACCCCCGAGAUGAAAGGGUUGUGAUCGAUAGUCGGAGCGACGAGAACAAGGGUGUUUGAUACACCUUUCGACACACAACUCUUUGAGCAAGGGGAUUUCGCGAUGAAGUCUCUUCGACCAGAGGCUCUGAAGCAGUGAUUUUCACUAAGAAGCUAGAAAAUCAACCCCCUCAUCAGUGGUCAGAAUGUCUGUUGGCUACCGAAGGGCGUCGAGCGGGAUGGCUUCUCCGCUGAAGGUGGCCGACACAGCCCCUGGGCACGCAGCUGGCCCAUCUGGCACUGCCGCCCUGCGCUCAAGCCAACGGAGGGCCAGAUGUCUCGACAACAUAGAUCCGUCUUACACAGCAAUGAGUGGACUGUGCGCCGCCUCCGAAAUGGGCACUUCAAGGGGCGGCUCGAUUCGCAUCCAGCACGUAACAGCCGCCGCUGCCGCCGCCGCCGCCUCCAGCGCGCCCAGCUCCCUGUGCUCGGGGGGCGAAGAGCUUCCUGCAAGGUUUCCAAGACUGGACGAGUGCGCCCAUUUCCACUACGACCACGUUGAACUUGGUCCGCUGCAGGUGCAACUUUACUCAGAGGAACUGAAGCCGCUGGGCGUAGAGGAGGAAGGAGAGGCGGGGAACGCGCCUUUCUGCGUGCAGGUGACCUCUCAGGGUCGCUCCUGGCUGCUCAGGCGCUACUUCAAGGAUUUCUGCACCCUAGACCAACAACUGCACCGCUGCAUUUACGACAGAAAGUUUUCGGGAUUGCCCGAACUGGUGGCUGAUCAGCACCAAUCAGAGGAUGUGGUGCGGAGCGGUCUGCUGAGCGAGUACUUGGCUAAGUUCUCCGAGUUGUCAAGUAGCACGAUUAACUGCGGCCCAGUUUUAAGUUGGCUUGAGUUGGACAACCGUGGCCAUCGGCUGAUUGUGACCGAAGACAACGCCAUCAACACGCCGGCAGUGGCCGCAGCGUACGCAAUCCGCCGCUACGUGGCCCAGGCAGCCGACGAGAUCUCAUUUGAGGUUGGCGACAUGAUUUCUGUCAUUGAUAUGCCGCCGGCCGUGGAAAGUGUCUGGUGGCGAGGAAAGCGCGGCUUUGAAGUGGGUUUCUUCCCUUGCGACACGGUCGCCGUCAUCGGCGAGAAGGUGCCCAAGAAUUUGCAUCUGUCGGCGCCGCCCCCUCCGGCCUGUGCCUCUUCCUAUCCGGGUCCUUCACACAGUUUGGCCACGUUCAAUCCCAUAAAUCCACCCAUUGUGCCAGCUAUCCAGGCUGCUGAGGCUAUUCAACCUAGCAAACCGGUGCUACGAAAACACGGGAAAUUGAUUGCCUUCUUCAGAAGUUUCAUCCUGAACCGACCUUCUCGACGCCGCCUCAAGCAGUCUGGCAUCCUGAAAGAACGUGUAUUUGGUUGUGAUUUGGGAGAGCAUUUGCAAAACUCAGGACAUGAGAUUCCAAUGGUGCUAAAGUGUUGUGCUGAGUUCAUUGAAACACGAGGAAUCGUGGACGGCAUUUACAGACUGUCUGGCGUGACUUCCAAUAUCCAGAAGCUCCGCAAUGCCUUUGACGAAGACAGGAUCCCCGCGUUGUACGAUGACAGCACCAUCACGCAAGACAUUCACUCUGUGGCGUCGUUGCUCAAAAUGUACUUCCGCGAGCUUCCAAAUCCACUGUGCACUUACCAGCUGUACUCGCACUUUGUGGCUGCUGUUCAGGCACCAGAGAAUGAAAGACUUAUCAAGAUGAGGGAGGCUGUGCAGAAACUUCCACCACCUCAUUAUAGGACUCUGGAAUACCUGAUAAAGCAUUUGGCCCAGGUGGCCUCUCGAGGUGGUGAAACCGGCAUGACCCCGAGGAACAUUGCUAUCGUGUGGGCCCCGAACUUGCUCCGUUGCAAGGAGCUGGAAGUUGGUGGAGUGGCUGCUCUGCAAGGUGUUGGUGUGCAAGCUGUGGUUACCGAGUUUCUUGUUUGCUGUGCAGACUUAAUCUUCUGUGAUAAACUACCAGCGGCACCCAACACUCCACAAAUAUCAGAACAAGCUACUUCUACCCUGAGGCUCUCAAAUCGACCUAAGUCACUGGCCAUUUCGACCCCAACCAAGUUGCUCACUUUGGAGGAGGCGCGGAGAAGAGCUCUUGGCCAAGCGUCGCAUCUGCAAGAGUACAUUGAAGUUGGAGGAGGGCCUUCCAAGCUGCCUGAAAAAUACCAUACAGUCAUUGAGCUGCCAGGGGGAACGCGUAAGAGAGACGUCAGUCUCAAGGCCAAACGAUCUCCUCUGGGAUGGCGUUCGAUCUUUGGAAGCAAAGUUCGGUCCACCGGCUCUGUGAGAGCCAGCAAAAUCUCGUCUUCACGAAUCUCAGCGCCCCUGCUUGAAAGGGAAAUGAAGGUUCUAGAGUCUGAAGUCCUUCAGCCCAAACGACCCUUGCGGCCCAUAAAAAGUGUGGAAUCUCUGCACUCGAGCGGGAAGAACUCGGCGCAAGGAUCAGCGCGGAAUUCCACCAUUCUAGAGGUGGCAAGUCCAGAAUCUCCAGUGGGACCACUACCCUCCAUCAUGGUACACACAUCCUUCUUGUCCUCCAAACCUAGUCACAACAGAUCUGUGUCCCAUGACUCAUAUUUUGACCAAUUGUCGGCAAAGCAGGAAGAUGAAGACAGUUUGGACCUGAGUGAAAUCCAAUUGAACUUUGACCUGGAGGAUAACGAGAUGAGAAUAUUCUCUGAGGAUGAAACGCUGGUGUCCACAUCAGCAGAGAGUCCCAGCAACUCUGUUGCUUCCUCAUUUAGUCAGAGGGCAAAAGCGAAAAACAGUCCCAAGUUAAAGUAUGUGCCCAGAGCUCAAAUGGAGGAAAUGUCUUCCACUGACCCUUCACCAAAGAAAAACAGGAAAAUGAGCACAAACUCGCCCAGCAGCCGGAAAAGGUCAAAAAUCGAGACGACCAAGAACUUUGUCGUGAAAGUGGAUGAGCUUCGGUUUAUAGACUCCCCUGAGCCUAGCGUGUCCAAUUUGUCAUUCCCUGAUGGCCCCAGUAUACAAACUAGCAUAUCCGACUCUGACGUGCACCGAAACAUGCACUCUGAAGAAUCGCCCUAUGAGGUGAUGCAAAAGCAUUCCGAGUCGUGUGCGAAACUGUGCAGCGGGAACGAGCUGACUCCAAAAGGCGUGCAGAGCUCUGGCAGCUCCGGCCUCACCACCCCGACUACGCCUCCCAAGUACACUCAGCUGCUGAGCGACAACGAACUCCUCUCUGGAGAAGAGACGCCACAGGAGAUGACCAUCGAAGGUCUCUACGACAACAUCGCCUCUGGCAACUGGGAGAAGUUGGAGCGCGCCGGCAAGCUGGUGUACCAGAAUAUCAUUCCAAUGACCAAAAAAGAUGACACUCCGUCAGCAACUCCGUCCCCAGAGGAGAUGCAAAUCGCCCCUGUGGAGGCUGAGACAUCCGCAACGCCCACUGCCGAUGGAGAGGAGGUCUAUCAGCAGGUCAAGUUCUUCAGGCGAUCAGUAGCUGAGGUCAAUGAACUAAUGGAAAUUUCGCCAACAAAUGCCUCGCCUCCUAAGAUAUUAGAACCAAUUAGGAGAAGCUCUACUGGAGUCAUUAGCCCUGUUUCUACCUUUGUUGAAAACACUCGUAAAUCUUGGUCACCACUCAACCAGUCUAUUGACUCUGAUGACCUGAGAAGGAAAUUUGACUGUGAAAUCGGACGAGAAUUGGUCAGGGAGCGUCGGAUCAAAACUGAACUGGAGCGACUGCGUGUUGACGCCAGCCCCUGUGGCAGUCCCAGCCGACCCGACCAAACCCAAAGUUUGUCGCCACCCUCCAGCCUGGCAAUCUCUUCGCAAACCUCGCAGAAAGCGACCACAACCUUGGUGCCCCUGAUCGAUUCAGAUGGCUCGUUGACAAGUCUGAGCAGUGCCACUAGCUCUGGACUGGAUCCACUAUCGUCCACAAAUCCGAUACCCUCGGGCCUCACGUCUCCAGGAAGCAAUGUGACUCCCAGCCCUGACGAACAGGUGGCAAAGUCAAUCGCCAGCUCGUGCCUGUCGAGCGGCUCCAGCGAGUCGUCGACCAACAUCAAUGAACAGUUGAACAACCUGGAGGCGCUGAGCUUGUGUCUGCAAGGUCUGAAGACAAAGGGCUCUGUGGAGAACUCGCCUGCAACGCGUUCCACCCCGACAUGCAUUACCCCAGACCAAGGAAAGGCGCAGGUUUCCUCAGCCGCUGAAGAAGCCAGCAGAGGCGAUUCCAGGUCAGCGACUCCUGCGACUCAAACUUCUGAGCUUGGCAUGCAAACGCCCACCAGUCCAAAGCUACUGGAAACACAUCUGAGUGCUGAUCCAGUCGAAGAGGAGCCAGAGGAACCAAUGAACGUUUCACCUACCAAUUUGGAAAAGAAGUCGGAAGAUGAAGUAGAGCUGCGUUCCAAUUCAGUGCAGGAAGAGAGGCCAACCUCAGCGCCAACCACAAGUACCAUCAGAAUCGCUUUGUCAUCUCGAAGGAGCUCUGAACCAGUGAAAACCCUGAGCAUUGCCGAUACAAGGCGACUGGAAAGCAGGAAGGCGAGCGUCAAAGAGCUGCUGAACAGAUUCGAGGAGUCAAACAAGUCGCUGCCGCCGUGUCUGCGUUCGCGGGCGGUCAAGAGCCAAUUAGCCUCAGCGAUGAGUGGCUCGCUGGACGAGAAAAGGUUUAACGAAACGGCUAGGGAGAUGACCAGAGUCAACACGCUACCUGACAUGUCCAAAUCUGAGCCGGCAGAACAAGUGGACAAGAUGGAGGAGGCGCCGAUCGAGAGCAGCAAACCGCUGCUGAGCCCGAGCGGGCCGUCGUCCUCCGCCACCGCCGCGAUAGACAUCCCGAAGGCGGGCGGAAGCAUAGACUUGGACGAUCCCAGCCGACGGGAACGAAUUGAGAGGUACAAGGAAGAGAGGCGGAUGAAGCUCAGAGAGAAGUACAACCCGCAAAACUUCAGCAACGAGAAGGACGACAUCGUGGAGAGACUCAAACAUAGAACAGGACAACCCAGAGGCCUAAACUCUCCAGGCGAGGAGUUUCCUCCUAGCGGGCCGUUUUCGCGGUCCAUUUCGUUGACCGAGAAAUUGGGAGGUCACAGGUCGAGGAGCGAUUCAGAGUCAAAGGACAGCCAAUCAAGUGCCAACUGCGACUAGGGAGGGGCCCUUUGUUUCGUUUCAAUCUGGAUAAGCGUGUUUUCCAUUUUACCCAUCUGUUUGCCUGGUUUGGUAGAUUUGGUUGCGAGCUGCCAGCUUUGCAAGCACAAAUUUAAGUAUUUUCGUUAAGACUGUCUGCACCUCAGUUAAAAUGCCAUAGUUUGCCAUCUUACAUAUUUUUGCUUUAGGUGUAAAUAAAUUCACUCGUUGCACGAAGUUAGUUUCCCACGUGGCUGUAGCCAUUUUUAUCUGAUUUUCGAAUGUACUGACAAUCCGUAUGAAAUGACACACUUAAGAGUCUAAUUUGGAAACGAAAUACCGAUUUUUAUCAGCAAGCUUCUCGUAAAUUAAACGCAAUUAUUACAUUUUGGCAUCUCUGAGAAAAGUUGUUUAGGAGGAAUCAAAAUCUGUGUACUAACUAAAAUCAGAAAUGUACAAAUAUAGAGCUAAUGAUAAUAAUAUUACUAAUUCCACUCUCAGUUGUUAUUCCGAUGAAAUCCGCAACAUUUGUUUUGCUCAAAAUGCUCUGAAUACUCAAUGAAAUGAUUGUUUGUUGGUAGACAAUAAUAGUUGUAAAAAGUUGACUUCACGAGAGGUACGUUCAUUUGGCCAAAGAUUUGUCAUUCCAUUGAACCUAAUUUACCAGGUCUGCGCGUAUGUAGUCUUCGGAAAUUUACUAUCGAAAUGUAUUUAACUUCCCUCUGCGUAAAUACAUUAUACCUUAUACGGUAACAUAUAUAUACAUACUACAAGCAAGCCAUGAUUUAACAUUGUGAUAAAGUGAGAUUUAUUGUCUGCAGAAUGUGGAGGAGUUGAUAAUUUUUAACCAUCACAAUCAGAUCCAAGUUGUCCCGAAGAACUGGGCCCAAAUUUGUUUACUCAGCUUGGAAAAUGAUUAAUUUUGCCUUACAAAGUUGAGCGCACUUGCGCACUCGGUGAAUUGAUCUGGACUUGCUAAGUAAGCUUUUUCAUCACCAAUUUUCACCUAUGUAAUAAUGGAUAAUAUUAUUAAAAAUUGUCAUUUACUGACUAAUCUCAACCACAAGUUUAAUAUCCAGUGGAUAAUAAAAUUUACGCUGAAUGGA